AUGAUGGAUGAAGUCUUUUCUCUCGAUAUUCUUUAUGCCGAUGAAUAUGUUCCUGAGCAGCUCUACCAACUUGCUCGACAUGGUUUAUGUUCUCAAUUAGAUGCUCGAUUACAUGAACUUUCAAAUUCCACCGAAUACUUGGCAGCAUUAACUUGGCAUGGUCAAGAACAGUUAAGUUUAUUGAUGGUUGCAGCUCUCAAUGGAUAUGAUGACAUUGUUCGCGUACUUUUAACUCAUUGUGAUUCAACACAUCAGAUUGAAUUAAAAGGACAAGUAAUCCUUUAUGAUGCAAAACUUGUCAAAGGUGCAACAGCACUUUAUUGUGCAUGUUAUCGAGGACAUUUUACUGUGGCCAAAACUCUAAUAGAACUUGGUCAAGCAAAUGUUAAACAGGACAUACGUGAUCAUCCAUAUUAUCCACUUUUUAUUCAUGCUACGAUAAUGAAUCGUCAAGAUAUAGUUCAUUUUCUUUUGGAAAACAAAUAUGCGGAUGUGAAUGAAACGAAAUCCAAUGAUUGUGAUGAAUCUACUGCAUUGAUAUGCGCUGCAUCUAGAGGUUACACAUCUCUCGUCAAAUAUUUGAUAGAAAAUGGUGCUGAUGUUAAUUAUUCUUCUCGGAAUCAAAAUUUUCGAUCUACAACAGCAAUCAUGUGUGCCACACGUUGCGGUCAUAUAGAUGCACUUCGACUACUCUAUAAUGCAGGCGCAAACACUAAUAUUACACACAUUACAGAAGAUACUUUACUCGUGAUAGCUGCUAAAAACAAGCAUUAUUCAAUCGUUAAUUUUCUACUCGAACAAUCGAUAUAUAAUACUGUAGACGAUCUUGAACUUGCUGCUUGUUCUUUAUUUGAUAUUUCAUCUUCCGUUGAACAAAUGAAUGUAGUAUUCGACCUCUUAAGAAUUGCUCUACAAAAACGUCAGCUACUACAAAUACCAAAAGUUUGCAUACAAUCAAUGGAUAUCUACAACUACGAGCAAGAAUGUCAAACUAUUGAUGAACUUGAUCGGAUCAAAGCUGAUCAUGAUCGAAUUUUUAUCGAAAUAUUACUUAUUCAAGAACGUAUUUGUUCAUCUCGAAAGGAUAUAACAAUAAUAAAAUCAUUAGAAAAUUAUAGUGAUAGACUCGCAGACAAGAAAGAAUUUGAUAAAUGUCUUAAUGUAUACAUUCAUAUGUUCUAUUGUUAUCAACAAACAAACAUCAAUAACAAUCUGGCACGAUUUGUUUGGCUAUACUGCAAAAUGCUUACUGAAAAUCGAAUAAUACCUAUUCAUCGUUUUAUACAAGUCUGCUAUUUAACAUUUGAUUUAACAGAAACUAAAUAUAUCGAGCGCACUAUAUGCAAUGCACUUUUUUUUGUGAUUAUAGCAAUUAAAAUUCUUGAACAAAAAGGAAUAACUAAAGAAGAACAAACAUUAAUUUAUUCUUGGAUAAGAGAUUUAUGUCGUCAUCGACUGACUACUCCAAGCGGACAAACUCUACUUCAUCUUUGUGUUGAUGAAAAUACUAAUUAUACUCUCAAUUUUCGUCGUAGAGAUACAAUUAUUCACAUAAAAUUUCCGAAUGAAUCUGUACUUCGAUUGUUAUUGGCUUGUGGAAAUCGUUGGCUUGAUUUAGAUGAAAUCGAAUCUUCUUCUAGUGAUACACCUCUUCAUAUCAUAUGCAAAAGAAAUAGAGAUCAAAAGAUCAUUAAAUUACUUUUGAAUUCUGGAUGUCAUAUGGAUUGUGUGAAUAAAGAUGGAAAAAUUCCAUCAGAUUAUAUAUAUGAUAAAGAGAUUAAAGCUUUGUUUACAACAAAACCAACUCCAGAUCGUCUCAAAUGCUUUUGUGCACGAAUUAUUGCUAAUAAACGUUUGAAUACUGGUACUUCGAGUGCAUUAACAUCAGCUUUAAAGAAAUUUGUUUUCUUACAUGAUAGUUUACGAAUUCAAUCUGAUUUUAACUAA